AGACUCUCAUUUGAGCUUUGUUUACAUCGUGGUGGCGCUGGUGGUUGAGGUUGACGUGUAACAGCUUUAAGGAAGAAAACGUCAACAAAAAGUCUUCCGCGAUGUCUUCCGGUGCGCGCCCCCUCCUGCUGGUGGUGCUCGGGGUGGUGCUCUGCGGCCUGGCGGAGGGGCUGUACUUCCACAUCGGGGAGACGGAGAGGAAGUGCUUCAUCGAGGAGAUUCCCGACGAGACCAUCGUGACGGGCAACUACAAGCUGCAGCUGUUUGACCCCAAGACGGGCGGGUUCAUGCCCUCCUCGCCGGGCCUGGGCAUGCAUGUGGAGAUCCGGGACCCAGACGACAAGGUGCUCAUGUCCAGGGUGUACAGCAGUGAGGGUCGCUUCACCUUCACCUCCCACACACCGGGCGAACACGUCAUCUGCCUCUACUCCAACACUACCAAGUGGUUCUCAGGCGCCAAGCUGAGGGUCCAUUUCGACAUCCAAGUAGGGGAACACGCUAUCGAUUACGCCUCCAUGGCCCAGAAGGAGAAGUUGACGGAGCUACAGCUGAGGGUGAGACAGCUGCUGGACCAGACCGAACAGAUUAACAAGGAACAGAACUACCAGCGGUACCGAGAGGAGCGAUUCCGCCAGACCUCCGAGGCAACCAACCAGCGUGUUCUGUGGUGGUCAGUGGGCCAGGUCGUGAUCCUCAUGGGCAUGGGAGUGUGGCAAAUGAGGCACUUGAAGAGCUUUUUUGAGGCUAAGAAGCUGGUGUGAGGAGGAGGAGGAGGAGGGAAGAGGAGGAGGAGGUAUUCUGUGGGUUGUGUUUGAAGUAAGAGGGUAAGGAAGGAAGAGGAAGGAAGAAGGAAGAAGAUAGAGAAGAAGAAGAAGAAGGAGGAGGAGGAGGAGGAGGAGGAAGGAAGAGGAGGAGGAGGAAGUGUACUGUGGGUUGUGUUUGAAGUAAGAGGGUAAGGAAGGAAGAGGAAGGAAGAAGGAAGAAGAUAGAGAAGAAGAAGGAGGAGGAGGAGGAGGAGGAAGACUUGGUUGUGUUUGAUAACAGGAGGAAGAGGAAGAUAAAGGAAGAAGAAGAAGGAGGAGGAGGAGGAGGAGGAGGAGGAGGAGGAGGAGGAGGAGGAGGAAUAUGAAGAAGGAAAAGAGAGAGAGAGAGAGAGAGAGAGAGAGAGAGAGAGAGAGAGAGAGAGAGAGAGAGAGAGAGAGAGAGAGAGAGAGAGAGAGAGCAGAGGAAAAAAAAAAAGGAAAAAAGAGAUGAAAAGAAGGAGGAGGAGGAGGAGGAGGAGGAAGAUGAGGGAUGGUUGUAUAAGAGAGAGAAGAAGGAGGAGGAGGAAGAAGAGGAAGAGGAGGAGGAGGAGAAGGGAAAAAAUGUGUGUGUGUUUGUUUGUGUGUUUAAAUUAUCAUUCCAGAUCUUCCAUUCCAUUCCCUUCUCUCUCCUUCCUUCCUUCCUUCCUUCCUUCCUUUUCUUUUUCCUUCCUUCCUUCCUUCCUUCUUUCCUUCCUUCCUUCCUUCCUUCUCUCUUUCCUUCCUUCCCUCCCCUUUCUUCUCUCUCCUCUUUUUCCUUCCUUCCUUUCUUUCUUCCCUUUCUUCCCUCUCCUCUCUUUCCUUCCUUCCUUCCUUCCUUCCUUCUUUCUUUUUCCUUCCUUCCCUCCCCUUCCUUCUCUCUUCUCCUCUCUUUCCUUCCUUCCUUCCUUCCUUCCUUCCUUCUUUCUCUCUUUCCUCUCUCCUUCCUUCCUUCCUUCUCUGUUUCCUCCCUCCUUCCUUCCUUCCUUCCUUCCUUCCUUCCUUCCCUCCUUUCUUCUCUCUCCUCUCUUUCCUUCCUUCCUUCCUUCCUUGUGUGUGUGUGUAUAUGUGUGUGUGUGUGUGUGUGUGUGUGUGUGUGUGUGUGUGUGUGUGUGUGUUUUGUAAUUCCACGCUUUAGCAAUCUCACUAAAAACAAACAAAUACGAACAAACAGAAAAUUAAAAAAUACACUGUUUGUUCGUGAGUGUGUUUGUGCGGCGUUUGUGCAAUGAUUUAAUUUCCCGUUUUCUUUUCUGUUUGUGAUUAACUUAUGAUAUUUUUUUUUUUUAAUAUUUGCUCUGUUUGAUUUUGGAAACUUGUUGAAAUUAAACGGAUUUCUUAUA